UUCAAAAUCGGCAUCUUUAUUAAAUUUUCAACAACAAUCUUCUAAUUAUUAUUAUGCCAGAAAAUUUAUACAAUCUUCCUCAAAUAUGACUACAAUACGUCCAUUUGAACCAAGCGAUUUAUUCAGAUUUAAUAAUGUAAACCUCGAUCCGCUUACAGAAACGUAUGGGUUGCCUUUCUACAUGCAAUAUUUAAUCAAUUGGCCCGAAUAUUUUCAUGUUGCAGAACACCCAACUGGUCAAAUUAUGGGAUAUAUUAUGGGAAAAGCAGAAGGCAGAGGACAAGAAUGGCAUGGGCAUGUAACAGCUGUGACAGUUGCAUCAGAUUUUCGAAGGAUGGGAUUGGCAGCCAAAUUUAUGAAAUUAUUGGAGGAAAUUUCUGAAGAAAAACAUUGCUAUUUUGUUGAUUUGUUUGUACGCGUUUCAAAUCGUACAGCAAUCAAAAUGUAUGAAAAUUUGGGAUAUACAGUGUUUAGACAAAUUACUGAUUAUUAUUCUGCUACAGAUGAUGGAAAAACUGAUGAGGAUGCGUUUGAUAUGAGAAAAGCACUUUCUUGGGAUGUUGGGAAGAAGUCUGUAAUACCCUUAAAAACGCCCGUGCAUUUUAGUGAAGUUGAAGAAGCUCAUUGAAGUAUAAUUAUUUUAGUGUUAGUUUAUUUUUUCUGAAUUAUUUUCUUAUUUAUUAUUUUUCCUCUAUUUUUCCUUUAUUAUCUUUUACCCUUAAAUUUUUUUUCAGAAAAAAAAUAAAUUUUUUUUUUGAUUGCCUGUCCUCGUUGUACCUCCUAGGGAUGGGUCGGGUUACCCGAAACCUGGAAUUUUUCAUUGAAAUUUUUUUCAUAUACGGAAGAAAUGUGGCUUAUUGACCUUUUAAAAGUUCGCAAAAUUU